GUCGCUUCGCCCAUUAGCCUCAUUGUCGGAGGAAAAUGCUCCUUUUGUGCUUAACGCUUAUUGAGUGACCGCGGUGUGCUGGUCCUGAGCUGAGCUUUGUCUGAAUCCAUCUUUCCUUGGAUCUUAAAAUUGGGCGGCGCAUGGCAGUUUGCAGGCUUUUCUCAUUUUGGACUAGACUUGCGCACAACCUUGUGAAGGAGGGCUGCGUGUGUGUUACUUACACUUCGUAGACAGACUGGGGCCAAAGCUGUGGAGACGGCCGGGACUGGCACCCGGCUUUUGCCUUGGGUCUUUACCAUGUUCGAGGUAGUAACUCGAGGCGAAUAUCGAAGGCAGAAGAGGCAUAAAAAGCAGAAAGAGAGUGCAGAGGAGGUGGCCAAGUUGGAGAAGCACUUGAUGCUUCUCCGGCAGGAGUACGUGAAGCUGCAGAAGAAGUUGGCGGAGACGGAGAAGAGAUGCACCCUCUUGGCCGCGCAGGCGAACGGCGGGAGCGGCGGUGGGUCCUUCAUCAGCCGCCUGCUGGCCAUCGUGGCCGACCUGUGCGAGCAGGAGCGGUACAGCGAUCUGAAGAUAAAGGUUGGGGGCAAGCACAUCAAUGCUCACAAGUUUGUCCUGGCGGCCCGCAGCGACAGCUGGAGUCUGGCCAGCCUGUCUUCCACCGAGGAGCUGGACCUGUCAGAUGCUAACCCUGAGGUGACCAGGACCAUGCUCCGCUGGGUCUACACGGACGAGCUGGAGUUCGGAGACGACGACGUGUUCCUCACUGAGCUAAUGAAACUGGCUAAUCGCUUUCAGCUGCAGCUCCUCAGGGAGAGAUGUGAGAAGGGUGUUAUGUCUCUGGUGAACGUCAGGAACUGUAUUCGCUUCUAUCAGACCGCGGAGGAACUGAGUGCCGGCACGCUGAUGAACUACUGUGCGGAAAUUAUCGCCAGCCACUGGGACGACCUACGGAAGGAGGACUUCAGCAGCAUGAGUGCCCAGUUGUUGUACAAAAUGAUCAAAUCCAAGACUGAGUACCCGUUGCAUAAGGCUAUCAAAGUAGAGAGAGAGGAUGUGGUCUUCCUCUAUCUAAUUGAAAUGGACUCACAGCUCCCUGGGAAGCUGAACGAAGUGGAUCAUAACGGACACCUCCCCUUGGACCUGGCCCUGUCACGGCGACUGGAGAGCAUUGCCGCCACGCUGGUUAGUCACGGAGCCGAUGUGGACAUGGUGGACAGUAAUGGCUGGAGCCUGUUACACAAAGGAAUCCAAAGAGGAGAUCUCUUUGCUGCCACCUUCCUCAUUAAGAACGGGGCCCUGGUCAAUGCCGCCACGUUGGGUGCCCAGGAGACACCGUUGCACCUCGUGGCGUUGUACAGUUCAAAGAAACACUCCGCGGAUGUGAUGUCGGAGAUGGCCCAGAUCUCAGAGGCCCUUCUGCAGGCCGGUGCCAACCCCAACAUGCAAGACAGCAAGGGCAGGACCCCCUUACACCUGUGCAUCAUGGCGAGGAACGAACUCGUAUUCAGUCAGUUGCUGCAGUGCAAACGGCUGGACCUGGAGCUGAAGGACCACGAGGGCAGCACCGCCCUGUGGCUCGCGGUGCAGUACGUCACGGUGUCUCCCGACCACUCGGUGAACCCCUUCGAGGACCUCCCGGUGCUGAAUGGGACGUCGUUUGACGAAAACAGCUUUGCGGCGAGACUCAUCCAGCGCGGCAGCAACACCAACGCACCCGACGCCGCGACAGGGAACUGCUUACUACAGCGGGCGGCCGAAGCAGGGAACGAGGCAGCGGCUCUUUUCCUGGCCACCAGUGGAGCCCACGUCAACCACAGAAACAAGUGGGGAGAAACCCCGUUGCACACGGCCUGUCGGCACGGGCUGGCCAGCCUCACCGCGGAGCUCCUGCAGCAGGGGGCCAACCCCAACCUGCAGACCGAGGAGGCCGCGUCCCCGGCCGGCUCAGGGGACGGCGUCUACCUGCAGACCCCAUUGCACAUGGCGAUUGCCUACAACCAUCCGGACGUGGUGUCUGUCAUCCUGGAGCAGAAAGCUAAUGCGCUUCAUGCUACCAACAACUUGCAAAUCAUUCCGGAUUUCAGCCUCAAGGAUUCCCGAGACCAGACUGUGCUGGGCCUGGCAUUAUGGACCGGCAUGCACACGAUCGCAGCCCAGCUGCUGGGUUCCGGCGCUUGCAUCAACGACGCCAUGUCGGACGGGCAGACCUUGCUGCACAUGGCCAUGCAGCGUCAGGACAGCAGGAGCGCGCUCUUCCUCCUGGAGCACCAGGCAGACAUAAACGUCAGGACUCAGGAUGGGGAGACGGCCCUUCAGCUGGCCAUCAGGAACCAGCUCCCACUCGUCGUGGACGCCAUAUGCACGCGUGGAGCGGACAUGUCCGUGCCAGAUGAGAAGGGGAACCCCCCGCUGUGGCUUGCGCUGGCGAACCAUCUGGAGGACAUCGCAUCCACCCUGGUCAGACACGGUUGUGAUGCCACGUGCUGGGGCCCAGGGCCGGGCGGCUGCCUUCAGACACUCCUGCACAGGGCCAUCGACGAGAACAACGAGUCUACUGCCUGCUUUCUUAUUCGCAGUGGCUGCGACGUGAACAGUCCCAGACAGCCCGGUGCUGAUGGAGAAGGGGAGGAGGAGGCCAGAGACGGGCAAACGCCCUUGCAUUUGGCAGCUUCCUGGGGGCUGGAAGAGACGGUGCAGUGUCUUCUGGAAUUUGGUGCCAGUGUAAACACACAGGAUGCGGAAGGAAGGGCACCUGUCCACGUGGCCAUCAGCAACCAGCACAGUGUCAUCAUUCAGUUGCUGAUCUCCCACCCUGACGUCCGCCUCAGUGUCCGCGACAGACAGGGGCUGACCCCCUUUGCCUGCGCCAUGACGUAUAAGAACAACCGGGCGGCCGAGGCCAUCCUGAAGCGAGAGCCUGGGGCUGCCGAGCAGGUGGAUAACAAGGGCCGGAAUUUUCUUCAUGUGGCAGUCCAGAACUCUGAUAUUGAAAGCGUCCUGUUCCUGAUCAGCGUCCAGGCUAAUGUGAAUUCCAGAGUUCAGGAUGCCUCCAAGCUGACCCCUUUGCACCUUGCUGUCCAAGCAGGUUCAGAGAUUAUCGUCCGCAACCUGCUUCUUGCAGGAGCCAAAGUGAACGAAUUAACCAAGCACCGCCAGACUGCCCUGCAUCUCGCCGCCCAGCAGGACCUGCCCACCAUCUGCUCCGUCCUCCUGGAGAAUGCGGUGGACUUUGCUGCUCUGGACGAGAAUGGAAAUAACGCUCUUCAUCUCGCGGUCAUGCACGGUCGGCUCAACAACAUCCGGGUCCUCCUGACCGAGUGCACCGUGGACGCCGAAGCCUUCAAUCUACGAGGCCAGUCGCCGCUGCACAUCCUGGGUCAGUAUGGCAAAGAGAACGCAGCCACCAUCUUUGAGCUCUUCCUGGAGUGCAUGCCUCAGUACCCUCUGGACAAGCCAGACGCGGAAGGAAACACGGUGCUGCUGUUGGCUUACAUGAAGGGGAAUGCCAACCUGUGCCGUGCCGUCGUCCGCUCGGGAGCUCGCCUCGGGGUCAACAACAACCAAGGGGUGAACAUUUUCAACUACCAAGUUGCCACCAAGCAGCUUCUGUUUAGACUGUUAGACAUGCUGUCCAAGGAGCCUCCGUGGUGCGACGGCUCCACCUGCUACGAGUGUGCGGCCAAGUUCGGAGUCACGACGCGCAAACAUCACUGCCGACACUGCGGACGCCUUCUGUGCCAUAAAUGCUCGACCAAGGAGAUCCCUAUUAUAAAAUUUGAUCUGAACAAGCCCGUGCGAGUUUGCAACAUUUGCUUUGAUGUGCUGACUCUGGGGGGCGUCUCUUAGUGAGCCCCUCGGCCGCACCCCGGUCGCCUCCCGGGGGCCGCUCCGCGCGCCAGCCUCACCCACCCAGAGCAGGGCUGGCCCUCCUGUCUUCCUGCGGCAACAGACUGAACCAUUAAGGACCCGCUGUGAUCAGUCCCGUUCCAAGGAUUCCGCGUGGUUGUUGGCGUGUCAGACUGUGGUCAGGGCCACCGGACGCCUCCCACCUUGGACCAGGCCGUGUGCCUCGUGGCCCCUGCGAUGGGCAUCGGGCCCCACUCUGCUUGCAGCACAAGGACCCUGGGAAAACCCUCCCCCUGCGGGCAGCGUAGUGCCCGCGGGGAGCGCGCCCGCAGCGGGAAGCUGGCCUCACUCGAGGGUAAGUGGCUGUGGACUUCUGUGCGCAGUUUUCAUAAAGAUUAUAGGAUCCUCUGGCCCAAAGUAUUUUUUUUGUUUUGUUUUGUUUUGUUUCAAAAGCUAAGCUGUAUUUUAGGGAGCUAGCCCUUUAAAAAAGGUGAAAUCUUUCUAAACAGGGUUCAAAGAUGAGAGCUGAAAAAUCGUGGCCUUAACUGAAAGCUUUACCGUAUCCCUACGACUGGGUGUCGGGAGGGCAGUGUCCCGUUCUCUGUCCUGCCACAUCCUGUCUGCAGAGGCCUCGGUCACUCUGCCGCUGGGGCGUGGUGGCGGAGACACGCUCUUACCGCGGCGCGCUGUUCCAGACGGCUGCGCUGCCCACGUUCAGAAACGCCCCCGCCUCCAGCAGCCCUGGUUCUGAUGGCCAGCUUGCAUCGGACCUCAGCGCACACUUCCUGCGAAGAGUCCCUCCCCGGGAGGGACACCGUCACUAGGCCUGGUGACAGGAGGGGCAGUGUGCGGCCUUGGGCCGGUGGCUGCCGGGUCGGCCCGCGUGUGCAAGCCUGCAGGGAAGAUGCUGGGCCGUGAGCGGAGUGAGGUCCUCGAACUGACUGGGCCUCAGUCGCUGCUCGUGUGUGUGCUGACCCCGCAGCGCUGAGCUUCUUUUGAAGGUUUGGCCGGUUUAAAAAAAACAAAAAC